AUGAUGGCAUUUCCUGUGGAUAUGUUGAACCGCUACAGUCAUGAGGACUUGGAGAGCUCUGCAGAAGACUACUUGUCUAACCUUCAGUGUGGGGAUCCAAAUUGUCCUGAAUUCUUGUCCCUGCCAGACCAUGGCAAAAUUCCUAUUAGCUUGUCAACUGUGGGCUUCGUACCUCUUUAUGGUGGAGAGCAGACACGCAAAGUUCUUGCUUUGUUUGCACCAGAGGACUCACUCACAGCUGUAGCUCUGUAUCUUGCUGACCGGUGGUGGUCAAUUGAUGACAUUGUGAGAACACCUGUCCCUUCUAGAGAGGGUCUUCAGCAGGUGAAGUCUGUCGGAGAGAGGGUGGUUCUCUAUGUUCUGAAUCGAAUUAGCUAUCGGAAACACGAAAUAGAAAGAAAUGAGGUGCCAUUUCUCUGUCACGGUAGCAAUGACUAUGCUAAGAUCAUGUGGAAAAAAGGAAAGGCUAUUGGGUUCUAUUCUGUUAAACCUACAGGUAAAACAUUUGUGCUGGAACUUCCUGCCCAUACAUUUGAAAGAUCCGAAGACUUAGUCGAAGAACCUGAAGAGAAUGCUAUUGAUGAUGAGGAAAUGUUUGUUGAAAAUAAGGAACAAUUUGUGUCAGAAACAGAGUUACAUGCAUCACCCCCUGUGAAAUGGAGUGAGGAGGAAACUCCAUAUGAACCUUUUAACGGUGAGGUAACAGAAGAAAUUGGUAAGGCCUCAUUUAUGGCUGAAGAGGAAACAGCAAAUGAAGUUCUAGGUGGUGAAUCAAAAUUGCAGUCUGAAUGUCAAGGAGAUGAAUCCUUAAUGCUGUUUGUUCCAUUAAUUCUUGAGUCUCCAGCAAAACCUUCAGAAGACACUGUAUCAAAGGUUUUAAAUGCAAAUGAUUCAGAAGUGCUGACUGAAAAAAGCACAUCAGUAGAGAAGGAGGGAACUGAAGAACGACACCAAGAAUCUGAAAAGAAGUCAUCAUCCACUGCAAACAUAGCUGCUUUGACACCAAAGGAAGAACCCUCUGACAGUGGCCUGCCCAACUGUAUGGUAACUGAAGCAGCAGAAGAAUCUGUUUCUGAAAACAUAUUGCCCAAAUCGACUUCCUCAGUGAAAGAUCAAAAUGAGGAAGCAAAGCACAACUCACAGGAGGCCCCUGUUGCUUUGAGUCGAAGCUCUUUGAUAGUGGUUGAGCUUGAGGGUGUUUCUUUUCAGCAACCUUCUGGACAGGAAGUACAGAAGAACCAGUUGGAAGAACACUUGGAAGAGUCUGCUGAGCAGACGGAUCAGUACACACAGACAAUGACAGAGCGGGCUGCUAACAGUAGCUCUGAGGAAGUAGAAAUUGAGGUACCUGUUGUAAAUCGGAGAAACUUGUGA